GUUGCUCAGUAGCAAUGGAACAUUGGACCGAGAGCGUCAAGGUGGAGGAACAAAAUCUGCAAGAAUAUCUUUGUCAGAAGCAGCAUACCGUCGUUCUGCAAGGUGCUGUGCAAACUCUGAAACACACACUAGUGCCUGUCCCCACAACGAAUGGUGGUGAUGGUUACGUGCACUUCGGUGACAUGCUCACACUGCGAAGUGCUUGCACACGUGGUUUGUUACAAGUCGACGCAGCAGAAACCACGGUGAGCGCUGGAUCAACAGAGGCCAUUGGUUACGGAUUGUCCACAGGGAGUGUGAUCACAUCCUGUCCCAGGACCAAUCUCACGGUUUGUCGUGUUGACGACAACGAUCGCUUCGGGCGGGAUGAUCGGCUCCACUUCGAUCAGCUCAUCCGACUUGGGACUCACGAGGGUUUGCAUGAGCGUCCUCACUACCUCUUCGCAAGUGGAAACUCCAAAGACGAGGAGCCACAACUCUGCGUUUGCCCGCGAGCUGCUUCUGGAUCGCAUUGGCGCCUUCGCCCAAUCCGUACGCAAAGUGACUCCAGGUCUCCGGAGGAGGAGGAUGACAGGGUGAAGCUUGGAGAUUCGAUCUGUUUGGAAAGUGUAGCGACUGGUUUUGAGUUGCAGUCCAAUACAGUGGUUGUGAUGACAAGCUAUGGCAAUGAGUGCCUCAGACAGCAGAAUAUGCAGUGUGCUCCAAAAAAGUCAGUGAAGAGCGACGAUGGAUUUCAUGGAAGGUACAAAGUCUUCGCGGCCAAGGGUCACAUACCUGGAGGUCAAGCGGACAGAGGUAGAAGCUUCGAGUGGGCAUUUGUGGACGACCGCUGGUCCGAUCAGGUGAUUGUUGCCGCCAAGGAAAAGAAUGGGCUGGAGAUCACGAAUGGAGGUUCAGUCUACAAGGUUGACCCUGUUGCCAUGUUGAAGGACCCAUUGUAUCGUGCCGAGGCUCAACUAGCACAUCUGGAUGCCAAUGGGGCAGGAGAAAAUCGCUACGCUGUCCUCACGCGAAUCUACCCCAUUCUGCGCCAUAGAGACAUGCACAUGAUCAGAAGGCUUCGUCGUAUGUGUGCGGCCGCUGACGAGCAGGGCACGGGGGUGAUCCGCAGCCACAUUUUUCAUGGCCUUUUGUCUUGGGCUCUCACCUCAGUUCCCAAUCGCUGGGCUCCUGGGUCUGCCUGGGGAUGUCCUCAGGUCUGUAUCCGUCUCACCAGGGAGGAAGCAAAUCAGUUGCAAACGCUCUUUGGAUGUGAUGAGACUGGACAGUUGACAGAGGAGGGUCGCGACCUGAUCAACUACCAUCGCUUUUUGCGCUUGAUGGGUGCAAGCAUGUCGAACUUCAGAUUAGAAGCAGUGAAAGAUGCUUGGAAGAAGCUCGAGGACAGUGCCAUUGCAGCUAUGGUGGACAUCACGCAUCUUCAGCGCUUGUUUCGAGCAGAAGCUUUCCCAAAGGCUCAGGAUGGUUCCAUGUCAUUGGACGAGGCUCGCGAGGAGUUCUUGCGGCAAUGGGAGUUGGAUCAUCCUGAAGGCCGCAUUACGUGGGACGCCUUCAAGCAAUACUACGAAGAUGUUUCUUUGGCAGUGGAAGAUGAUGAACUCUUUGUGGAACUUGUGAGGAAGUCCUGGAAACUUUGAUGACUCUCCCCGAAGGGGAGGAGCCAACAAAUAUCCAUGCAGAAUUGAGCAGCAAAGAAUAUUUGCUGACUUGACGUCUUGAAGUCUUGAAUCUUGAGAAAUAUUCG